AUGGGGACUGUCAAAGCCGCGCAAUGCGCUGCGACAGUCAGUCAGCAAUUUCCAAACGUCAGGUUCGCCUUGAUGAUCGGCAUCGGAGCCGGCAUUCCCAACUUUCCCAAACGCGACAUCCGCCUUGGCGAUAUCGCCAUCAGCAUCCCUCGAGAUAAUCAUUCUGGUGUGCUUCAGUAUGACUUUGGCAAGUACGAGGCAGAUGGAAAGUUCGUUCUGAAAGGGUCGCUCGACAAGCCUCCUCCUCUGCUGAUCAGCGCAGAUGGGUCCUUGGAAGAGGACGAAAUGAUGAACAAGAGUCGACUUAGGAGGAUAUUGAAAAACAUCACCAAGCAGCCUAGGUAUGCUCGACCAAACACAGACGAUGUUCUCUUUGACCCAACGUUUCACCAUGUCAACAAAGGGGAAGAUUGCAGUGGAUGUGAGGCAUCUGGCGAAAAGAAGGUCACACCCCGCGCCGAACGUGAAGAAAGACCCGGGCAACCUGUGGUUCAUCGGGGCCUCAUACUCUCAGGCAGUGGUGUUGUCAAAAAUCCAGGCGACCGGGAUCGUUUGCGCCGGGACUGUGACGACGCAAUUUGUUUCGAAAUGGAAGCGGCUGGCAUCAUGGAUGAACUCCCUUGCCUCGUGGUCCGAGGAAUAUGCGACUACGCCGAUACCCAUAAGCAAGACGGCUGGCACUACUAUGCCGCAGCCGUCGCCGCAGCCUAUGGAAAGGCUGUUCUUCUCAAGGUCGAUGGUCAAGAUGUGGAAGAGACAAGGAGUAUGAGAGAAACGAUGGAGAAUCACACAGUUCUAGCAGACAUUCGAGGGCAAGCAUCAGCAACAAAGCAUGGAGAAAUCCUUGACUGGCUCGCCGGAAUCGACUAUGGUCCCCAGCAGAGCUAUUACCUCAAGAGAAGACAACCAGGAACCGGCCAAUGGCUUCUAAACUCGGCAGAGUUCAAGACAUGGGUAGAGACCAAGAAACAGACGCUCUUCUGCCCAGGCAUUCCCGGGGCGGGGAAGACGAUCCUCACAUCUAUUGUGGUGGAGGAGCUCACUGCUUACUUUGAAACUGAUCAGAACGUCGGUGUUGCAUACGUCUAUUGCGACUUCCAGCGGCAAGACGAGCAAAAUGCCGAAUUAUUCCUCGCGAAUCGCGGUGAUGUUAUUAACCAUUUGUAUAGGUUCCUCCUUGCGCGACUUCACCUAGAAUCCCUCAAACACAAGACGACGCUAUCCGACCUGUCUGACGCCUUGAAGAAGCUCCCAAAAGGAGAGGCUGCGUUGGCCGAGGCAUAUGGCGAAACUAUCAAGAGGAUCAGGAGCCAGAGUAAGGACUUUCGGCUUCUUGCUGAAAGGGUCCUUUCACUGCUCACUUGCUCAGAGAGAUUACUCACAAAGCUGGAGCUCCAAGACGCUCUUGCCGUAAGGGCCGGCACUACAACACUUGACAGAGACAAACGGCCGUCCAUUGGAAUCAUAGUUGAUGUAUGCGCGGGGCUAGUGACAUUCGAUGAAGACAGCGGUGUUCUCCGCUUGGCUCAUGAUACGACACGAACCUACUUGGAGACCCAUAUGUUUUGCAUCAAACCCCAGCAGGAUCCUGCAACUCUGCAGGACCCCAUGAUUUUCGACACCCAGAAGAACCAUGAUGCGAUGGCCGAAGCUCAAAACACUGCUACAAUCAUAUGCGUUACCUACCUCUCAUUGGAUGAUUUUGAGAGCGGUUUCUGCCCAUCGGAUGAUGAGUUUCAGGAACGACUGCGACUGAAUCCGCUCUACGUCUACGCCGCAAAGGCCUGGGGUCACCAUGCGAGGAAGUCUUUGACUUCACGCCAGGAAGUAUUGGACUUCCUAGAGUGCCAGGCUAAGGUAGAAGCAUCGAGCCAGGCAUUGAUGGCUGGGAAAUCAAUGUUUAGCCAGGAUGUUCCAAAGCGAAUGACGGGACUUCACUUGGCAGCAUAUUUUGGGGUUUGUGGGGCCGUAAAUCUCCUCCUGCGACGACUGCAUAGUGUGAAUCUCAAAGAUAGUUACGGCCGAACGCCGUUAUCAUAUGCCGCCCAGGAGGGGAACGAAGCCGUUAUCAAGAUACUGAUC